CACAGAAACCAAGGGAAAAAAAAGGGUAGAAAGAGUGAGAAAAAAACAUCAUAAAUACUAGAAUACUAGAAUGGAAGACAAAUACCAAAGAACAGAACCAACAGUGUAAGACAUUAAAAAUAAGAACCUCUUGUGGAUUUUUAUGAUCAAAAUUCUAAGUCAUUUUGCUCUCAAGUGAAAGCUUCUUUCAAAAGUUUCUAUUUUGGGUUUAUAUGUUCACCUUCUUCUCAUUUCAAUCUCAACUCAUCAUUCUUGUUUGAGAAAUUGAAACUUUUCAUACUCUCUCCAAAAUGGGAGACAAAGAAGUAAAAGAAGAACUCAAACCCAUCAUUCAAUGGAAGAAACAAAAAGGUGGAUUUAGAGCUUCCAUGUUCAUCUUUGUUUUGUCAGCAUUGGAUAACAUGGGUUUUGUGACAAACAUGGUGAGCUUAGUACUAUACUUUAUUGGAGUGAUGCACUUUGAUCUUUCAAGCUCUGCCAACACUUUGACAAAUUUUAUGGGCUCAACUUUCUUGCUCUCUCUUGUUGGUGCCUUCAUCUCAGAUACUUACCUCAACAGAUUCACCACAUGUCUGGUUUUUGGAUCACUCGAAGUUAUGGCUUUGGUAAUGAUCACAGUUCAAGCUGCAUUGGACAAUUUACAUCCAAAAGCAUGUGGUAAAUCAAGUUGUGUGGAAGGAGGUAUAGCUGUAAUGUUUUACACAUCAUUGUGUUUGUAUGCUUUGGGAAUGGGUGGAGUAAGAGGUUCAUUGACAGCAUUUGGUGCUAACCAAUUUGAUGAAAAGGAUCCAAAUGAAGCAAAAGCACUUGCAACUUUUUUCAAUUGGCUUUUACUUAGUUCAACUUUAGGUUCAGUUAUUGGUGUUACUGGUAUUGUUUGGGUUAGUACACAAAAAGCUUGGCAUUGGGGAUUUUUCAUCAUAACAGUAGCUUCUUCAAUUGGUUUUGUAACACUUGCUAUUGGUAAACCUUUUUACCGUAUCAAAACUCCUGGUGAAAGUCCUAUUUUGAGGAUUAUUCAGGUUAUUGUUGUGGCUUUUAAGAAUAGAAAGCUACAACUGCCAGAAUCUAAUGAACAACUUUAUGAAGUGUAUAAAGAUGCUACUAUAGAGAAGAUUGUACACACUAACCAAAUGAGGUUUCUAGAUAAAGCAGCAAUUCUUCAAGAAAAUUCUGAAUCUCAACAACCAUGGAAGGUUUGCACAGUGACACAAGUUGAAGAAGUAAAAAUCCUAACAAGAAUGUUACCUAUAUUGGCAAGUACAAUUGUAAUGAACACAUGUUUAGCACAGCUUCAAACAUUCUCAGUUCAACAAGGAAAUUCAAUGAACCUUAAACUUGGUUCCUUCACAGUACCUGCAUCAUCCAUUCCUGUUAUCCCACUAAUUUUCUUAUGCACAUUGAUUCCAAUUUAUGAACUUUUCUUUGUACCAUUCAUUAGAAAAAUCACUCACCACCCUUCAGGUGUUACACAGCUUCAAAGAGUUGGUGUUGGACUAGUACUCUCUGCCAUUUCAAUGACAAUAGCUGGUUUUAUAGAAGUUAAAAGAAGAGAUCAAGGAAGAAAAGACCCUUCAAAACCAAUAAGCCUAUUUUGGUUAUCUUUUCAAUAUGCUAUAUUUGGUAUUGCAGACAUGUUCACACUUGUUGGACUAUUAGAAUUCUUCUACAGAGAAGCACCUUCAACCAUGAAAUCACUUUCAACUUCAUUCACAUUUUUGUCCAUGUCACUUGGUUACUUCUUAAGUACUGUUUUUGUUAAUGUUAUUAACACUGUUACUAAAAGGAUCACACCAAGUAAACAAGGUUGGUUACAAGGUUUUGAUUUAAAUCAAAACAAUUUGAACUUGUUUUAUUGGUUCUUAGCUAUAUUAAGCUGUCUUAAUUUCUUUAACUUCCUCUAUUGGGCCUCUUGGUACAAGUACAAAUCAGAAGAAGAUAGUAACAAUUCAAAGGAAUUAGGUGAAACACAUCUCUUAAUGGUUGGUGGAAGAAAACAUGAUGAUAAAGCUAAGGCAAAAGAAAGUAGCCAAACUAGUGAAGCCAAUACUGAGGGACCCUCUUCUUCUGAUGAAACAGAUGAUGGCAAAGAGAAAGAGAGGCAUAGAUGAUGUUGAAGAAGACAUUGAUUUGAUGUUAAGGAAAACAUAGUAGUAGGUUGUGUAUGGUAAAACAUUGGAUGUGGAAAUAGGAAGUGGUUGAUAUUUCUAUUUUAUGUUACAUGCGUGCUUGUAUAAUUGAUUGGUACUAUUGUUGAUUCUGGCACGGUCUCUAUGUCUCUGUGUACAGAGUCAAAGGUUUUCUCUUCUUUCAUUUUCUUCUUUUAACCUUUAUCAUAAUAUAUUUUCUUUUUGUGACAAAA